GCAUUUUAAUAUCAAAAUGUCGAUCGUAGCAUUCGGAUUUCCCCCUCAGGAAUAUUAAUUUCGAAAACGGAAAUGAAGUGGAAAUUUCCAGACAUAUUAUGCGGUGUGCGUAUAUUGGUUAAGUUCCGGGGCGGAUCAGUUGGCAGCACUGGCAGAGGAGGAGGCGAGAAGAGAGAAAGAGGUGCGGUGUUGCGUGACUGACUGCGAGCCCGAGCGUGUGUGUUUGUUGUGUUGAACGAGAGGAAAAAUUUCUAUACUCUUCCUUUCUCGAGAAGAAAACGUAAAGAAAAAAAAAAGAGAAAAGGAAGAAAAAGGAGAAAAAGGGAAAAACCGUUCCGCUUGAUUUUUGUUUGGGGGAAAAGACCGUGCGUUUGGAAGGGGGAAAAAAUCAUGUCGUCGUACAUCCAGGUUGCCGAGGACGAGGGUGACGAGCCGAUCGAAUUACCAACCGAGGACGAUAGCACACUUUUAUUGACCACCGUAACUGCCCAAUUCCCUGGGACAUGUGGCCUGAAAUAUCGGAAUCCAGAAUCUCGGACGAUGCGCGGCAUUCGUCUUGUUGACGGGCGCCUUCAUCCUCCAGAAAACGGAUGGGGCAAGGCGAUUUACUUCUGUGUUUUUCCAAAAGAGAACAAACGUAAAUCUGAUGACAAUUUGGAAAAUUCCACAGCUAAGACUAAAAGAAUGGAAACAAAGUUGCGUUGCACAGACUUGAUCGUACUUGGUUUACCAUGGAAAACCACUGAGCAGAACUUGCGAGAGUAUUUCGAAACAUUUGGCGAAGUACUCAUGGCACAGGUUAAAAAAGAUGCAAAGUCAGGACAAAGCAAAGGAUUUGGAUUUAUUAGAUUUGGAAGCUACGAGUCUCAGUUAAGAUGCCUUGCCCAACGACACAUGAUUGAUGGGCGAUGGUGUGAUGUCAAGGUUCCCAACAGUAAGGAGGGAAUGAUUCAGCAAGUACCCUGCAAGGUAUUCGUGGGACGCUGUACAGAAGACCUAACUGCUGAUGAUCUGCGCGACUAUUUCUCCAAAUAUGGCGAAGUGACGGACGUGUUCAUCCCAAAACCUUUCCGUGCAUUUUCAUUUGUUACUUUCUUAGAUCCCGAGGUAGCCCAGUCCCUAUGCGGCGAGGAUCACAUUAUUAAAGGAGUAUCUGUACACGUGUCGAACGCCGCACCGAAGUCAGAGGGGAACAAUAAGAAUUUCAAUAAUCAAGUGAACUCGAACAUGCGUAGAGGUGCCCCAGGUCCCGUCGAGAAUAACGUGCCGGGGAACUAUCAGGGUAAUCGAUACAUGGGCCACUCAGGUAACAAUAUGGGUCCAAAUGGCUGGAACAAUCCAGGGAAUAGGGGCAAUCUGGACAUGCCUAAUCUCCAAGCGUUGGGCAUUACCGGGCAAAACAAUGGCGGCGGCGGCGGCGGCGGUAUGUCGAAUCCAUUGGCGAUGGGAGGAUUGAAUUUGUCCGCGUUGCCAGUCAACCCAGCUUUGGUCGCAGCUGCACUAAACCAAGCAUCUUGGGGUCUGAUCGGUAACUUGCAGAAUCAGGGAAACGAUCAGGGCUAUUCGAACCAGCCUGGCCCACCUGGUCAACCACCUUCAGGCAACAAUAGUAUCGGUAACAGUGGAAACUCUGGCUUUCUCAGUUGGAUGAAUCAAGGGGGUGGUGAUGGUAAUACUGGCAAUCCUGGAACAGGUGGUCCAGGUCCGAAUAAUCCGAACGCAUCCCAAGGUGCUUGGCAGAAUCAUCCAGGACAGCGUGAUCAGAAAUCGAACACCUUUCUCAAGUACGAAUAAGCUGCGUCGAGGGGUCCCCCAGUGUAGUCUUGGAAAGUGGCGAAUCCGUUCCUUUGAUCCUGACGUUAACCACACAAGUGACAGGUGUCUAGGCAACUGUAUGUAGUUUAGAUGAAUGAAUUUUUCUGCAUAAAACCAGAUGGACUAAUAUAUUGUACUUCGUACAUGAAAGAAUAAAGGAAGAGAAACAGUAUAAUGUUACACAAGUGUCAGACAUGGAACAAAAAAACGCAACCCUGAAGAUAUGUAACGAAAGUUCAUGUUCUUUUAUGUUAUUCAUGGCUAAAUCAAACUAAGCAUUGAGUGACCAGUUAAUGACAAUAAUCUGACUUUCAAGGAUAGAAUUCUAAAGUAUGCUGAAUCUUUGCUCACUGGUGACCAUAAUCAUAGCUGAGAAAGUAAACAGGAAGACAUCCUAACGUUAAAAAAGUGGAAAAUAUCAAAAUAUCUGGAAAUAUAACGAUUGUGUUGUUAUAUCAUUGCUUCCAAUAGAGUCGAGGAUCGGAAAUAUUAUAGAGUUACAAAGAUUUAAAAUUGAUAAUAAAAGAUUGAAGAAACUCAACAACAAAAGAAUCAACAAUUAGAGAAGGAAGAUGAAGCGCAAAAUGCACUUCCGGCGAUCCUCCGAGAAUGCAUCCUCAAUGAUCGCCAUUUCCGUACUCCGCUGCAUUCGCAGAAUAACGUUGUUUUUAAAUUAUCCAAGGAAGUUAGAUUUGAUUUCACAACUUAUUAUUGGUUUUCAAUCAUAUCCGAUAUCCGCAAUUGUUUGCGGAUGAACGCAGGAAUGAUAUCACUAGCGCAGUGUAGUGUCACUUCUCGAUCGUACAUACACUAAUACGAAUUAUUUUCAAUAAAGUACAAUAGUUCUU